CGGCUGUGAGCGGGAAUGUCCCGCCUCACGUCUUGCCGCCCUUGUGCUGCAGGGGUUGGCGUCGGGGGCGCGGGAGCUCCGUGUCUCACCGCUUUUGCGAUGUCGUUUAUACCCUGCCGAUAUUUUGCUUCCGAAGUGGCUUCGUGUCUCUUUCGCAAACCUUCGGCUGAAUGUUUAUCAGAGAUCAGUAACAGUGCUGGUCCUGUCGAUGCCAAGGAUGAACUCUUGGAUGAAUGUGAAAGUAUUUGGAAGCAGAUGAAAGAGUGUCAGAGCAAGCUAAUGCUUCUAGGAACAGAGACACUGCUACCAUCAGAUGCCAAGCUUUCUUUGUUAAUGCUGCAAUUGAAAGCUUUAACAGCAGAUUUUCGUCAGUGGCAAGCAAGAAAUCCUGAAUUAAUUUCUACCAAUCCAGAUGUACUGUUAGAAUUAGGAAAAGAAGAGUUGCAGAAAGUAAAAAAUGAUCUUGAAAUGGUGCUGUCAACAGUUCGGUCAAAGAAUAAACAACUGGAAGAAGAUCUGAGAAGAGAACAGCAAUGGCAUGAGGAACAGAAACAGAUGCUAGAGACUCUUACUAAAAUGGAAGAAGAAGCAAAUACCCAAGUUGAACAUCCGUCCACAAAAAGAGAACUCAAUGAACUGAAAAAUAAAAUACUGAAAUUAAAGACCUAUAAGAAAGAACUCUUGAGUGCUUUGGGUGCAUUCCUGGAUGAACAUUUUCCCCUUCCAGAGACAGGUGGAAAUAUUAAAAAAAAGAACUCUUCAGCAGAGCCUGUUGUAGAACUUAUAACAUUGCAAGAAAUUUUAGAGAUGCUGAUAAACACAUUAAUAACCACACCACAUGAGCCUUAUGUAACUAUCAAUGAGUCAUUUUGGCCACCUUAUAUUGAGCUGCUGCUGCGAUAUGGAAUGGCCCUGAGACAUCCAGAAGAUCCUAACAGAAUGCGCCUCCAAGCUUUUCACAAGUAGUGUGACCUACACAUGCACUUGAAAACAAAACAACACCAAUACUCUUAAUUCAGGGCUAGGACAUACUUAGGAUUCCUGCUAAGCUUUCUUAGUAUCAAACAUCACUUCUUGUUGCAUGAUUUUUUUUUUUCCUUUUAAAUUGGAUAUUUAGGAGCAUAAAAUGUGGAGAAAGAAAAAAAUAAUAAUGUAUUUUAACUGCUUACAGUUGGCCUUCAGUAUUAUAUCAAGAUUUGCAUUAUGGAAGGUUUCUUUUACUCUUUCUGUAAGAUGCUAAUUAAUGUAAUAGACAAAUACGUGUAACAGUCCUUUUUACUUUAAAAACCAUACUUUUUACAUUACUUCUAUGGAUUAGAUUUCUUAGAUUGCCUGAAGUUGUCUCUGUUUCCUUUAGCAUUUUCUUGUAUUCUGUAGAGGCAAAAUUCAGAAUAACACCACUCCUGUACAUGGCCUUGCAAGCAUUUGGAACUAACAGAGAGGUAUCCUCUCAAGGAUGUGUUAUGCCUUAUUUGUUUCUCAGAGCCUUUGCAAACAAUUUUACUGGCUCCAAGAUAAACACUUAGGAAAGCUGACACAUCCUUCUGUGCAAAGUGCAGCAGAUGUUGAGUCUGUGCCUUUCACUACACCCUUCCCAAAUGGCCCACUUUGUGUUAUGCUAUAUUGCCUUACAGUAUCUGUCUUCACUUUUUCAGAUCUAGUUUAUCAAGGCUUUUAAUGGGUCUCUGCUCUGUUGAUCUCUGUAGCUUCUGUUAUGUCAAAAGCUUCUUCUGUUGACAGUUACCUUUUGACUCAAUGCUGCCAUCCUUUGCAAUCUCAGUCUUUUCUGUAGCCAUUUUUAUUGUAUUUUAUUGAGUACAAAAAUUCUCCUCUUGCUUAUCUGUAGUGACUAAAUUAUCCUUUAUUAACCAGAUUGUAGUUUAUUGAGGGAGGAGCUUGGCUGAUUUUUUAAUUGAUGGAAAAAUAAAGAGUUGUAUACUAUCAUAGAA